CCGCUGCAUCAAUGAGAAUAAACAAACCAACUAUGACUGCUAACAGCCGGCACAAAUGCGCAAACAUCGAGUGCACCGCCGGCCAAAGGACUCCUCCCAAAGAUUCUCCACGUCUUCUUUUUUAUUUCCGCGCCAGACUCAACCACCGCUGCUGCUGCACUCAAUUUAUUCUGCUGUGUUUCAUUCAGUGUUUUGCUCUUCAAGGCCUCUUUCAUUUAUCUUACAAUCGAAUCUUCUGAGAACAAGCGGGAAAAGUAACGCAGGAUGCAGUUGACUCUGAGAGAUAUCAAGCGUCAGAAGUGGACCGUCGACGUCGAGCCCACCGAUACGAUUGCUUCAGUCAAAAAGACCAUUCAGGAACAGAAGGGCUGGGAUGCCGAUUUACAGAUGCUGAUCUACUCAGGCAAGACAUUAGUAGACGAUCGCACCGUAGAGUCCUACAACGUCAAAGAGACCGAUUUCAUCGUGUGCAUGGUCAGCAAGCGGAAACCCGCCCCUGCUGCUGCUGCUGCUUCGACUUCGACCCCGGCUCCUGCCACUCCCGGUCCGGCUCCUGUAUCCACUCCUGCUGCUCCUGCUCCUGCUCAGGCUCCUUCCACGCCCGCAGCUCCUGCUGCUGCCGCCCCUGCUGCGGCCCCGGCCGCAACUCCUGCCGAUGCGGCUACUCCUUCUCCCGCAUUCAACGAUCCGUCGGCAUUCUCUAUUGGAAAUGCGCGCGAAGCGGCUAUCGGAAACAUGAUGGAGAUGGGAUACGAGCGUGAGGCUAUCGAGCGAGCGAUGCGCGCCGCGUUCAACAACCCCGAUCGUGCAGUCGACUAUCUACUUAACGGAAUCCCAGAGCACUUGAUCCGUGACGCUCCCCAACCUGGUGCCGCUGGCGCUGCUGCUACAGAAUCCGCGGGUGCUGCCGAGCCCACUAGCCCAACUCCUGCCUCGGCGACUUCGCAGCCUUCAACUGGUCUCAACCUGUUCGAGGCGGCCGCGCAGGCUUCUCAGCAGCGAGCCAACCCUGAGCCGGCCAGCGCUGGUGCCUCGAGCCUUGAUUUUCUGAGGAAUAGCAGUCAGUUCCAGCAGCUGCGGGACCUGAUCCGCCAGCAGCCCCAGCUUCUGGACCCUAUACUGCACCAGGUCGCUCAGUCUAACCCACAGCUUGCGUCGCUUAUACAGUCCAACCCGGAUGGCUUUGUUCGGCUAUUGACCGAGGGUGCCGAUGAGGAGGGUGCUGAGCGAAGCGGCUACCAGAUCGAGGUUACUGCUGAGGAAUCCGCUGCCAUUGACAGACUCUGCAACUUGGGUUUCGACAGACAGGUCGUCAUACAAGCUUACUUUGCUUGUGAUAAAAACGAAGAGGUUGCCGCCAACUACCUUUUCGAGCACGGGCAUGAGGAUGAAGAGUAAACGAAUGCUUUGUUUGAAUUAUGUCGGACGGCUAUUUAGUGGGACUAUUAUUACUAUUUAUAGAUAGUCUUGAAUCAUAAUGUAAAGACUGUUGUCUGUCUGUUUCUCAUGCGUCUAUCAAGACAUCUGCUAGGGUGAAAUUCGCUGUCGUGCACAAUGCUCAUUCAAGUAGAAUAUAUCGGACUCAAAAUAUCAUAC